AUGGCACAGGCCGACCCCGUCUCCUGGCAGUCUCUGGCCCACAGCGGCAAGCUUUCGCGGGCGCUCGACAAAGAGGAGCCGGCUACGCCCUGGAUCAAAAAGCUGCGGGUCCGAAACCUCGAGCCGUCGCCGGAGCCCUACACUCUUCGCAUCGCGAUGCCUUGCACCUGCGGCGGCUGCAUCGCCGCGCACGAGAUGAAGCCGGAGCGCGGCGGUGCGACGAAGAAGGGACUUGUGAUGGUUUGGGACGAGACGAAGCAGACGUGCAAGCUCGAAGCCGACCAGCUCUCCGCUGUCGUUGCGGCUGCGGCCCUGGCGCCGGCUAGCUCGGCGGCCGCGUCGAGCGAGGAGCCUCCGCCGCCCGUCGGCAGCACAACUUCAGAGGUUGCUGGCCCGCCGGUCCCAGAGGAGACGGCGGCAGCGGUGGCGGCGGCCAAAGCGGCGCAGGCGGCGGAGGGGGAGUCGGCGGCGGCUGCGGUGCGGAUGGCUGAGGCGGCGGCGGCGGCGGCGGCGGCGGCGGCGGCGGCGGCGGCGGCUCGGAUGGAUGAGGAGGCGGAGGCGGAGGCGGCGGCGGAGGCGGCGGCGGAGGCGGAGGCAGCGGCGGCGGCGGCGGAGGCGGCGGCGGCGGAGGCGGAGGCGGCGGAGGCGGCGGAGGCGGAGGCGGAGGCGGCGCGAAAGGCGGAGGCGGAGGCCGAGACGGCUGCGGCGACGGCUGCAGCGGCAGCAGUAGAGGUGGAGCAGCGGGCGGCGGAGGCGGCUUCAGAGGUCGAGGCGGCGGCGGCAGCCCUCUGCUGUGAUGGGGUCGAGGCUUCAGGCGGCGGCGGCGGCGGCGGGGAGGCGGCUGGCGGCGGCAUGGCUGCUGCGGGGGAAAUGGCUGAGCAGGAGGAGGAGGAGGCAGCCGAGCCAGCAGCGCCGCCCUUGCAGAGGGAGGCGGAAGGCUUGCGCUUGCACCUCUCUAGCAGCAGCGGCACUGGCUAUCAAAGUGUUUACAAGCUGCCCUCUGGCCGCUUCGCCCUCUCGCCCUCUCGCCCUCUCGCCGCGCAGAGCCCGCGGCUCUUUCUUGGCUCCUUCGGCACAGCGGUGGAGGCGGCUGCGGCUUACGCGAGGGCGGUCGGCGAGCCACCGGCGGCGUCAGUGUUUGAGGGCGUGCGCUUGCACCUCUCCAGCAGCAGCAGCACCGGCUACGAGGGCGUGCACAGGCACGCCUCUGGCAAAUUCGUGGCGACUCGCUACGAGCACGGAAGGGUGGUCCACGUCGGCCUCUAUGACACGGCGAUGGAGGCGGCGCGGGCGGUCGCGGACCCGGCGGACCCGGCGGCGGCGGCGGCGGCGGCGGCGGCAGAGGUGGAGCGGCGGGCGGCGGCGGCGGCGGCGGCGGUAGAGGUGGAGCAGCGGGCAGCGGCGGCGGCGGCGGCGGCAGCUCUGCUCAACGUCGAGACGGCGCGGGAGGCGGCCUCGGGCGAGGGCGAGGGCGAAGGCGAGGGCGAGGCGACCUUCGACGCGUCGCCCGUGCAGGAGGAGGCGGAGGGCGGCCCCGCCUCGCAGAUGCAUUCGUCGCGCAAGAACAAGCCGCAGCGUUGCUCGGUUUGCGGCGGCAUCGGCCACAAGUCGCGCACCUGCCAGCAAGCGACCACCUACGUGACAUCCACGGGGGCUCCAUUCCGUCGGGCUUAUGACACGGCUGUUGAGGCGGCGCGGGCGGUCGCGGACCCGGCGGCGGCGGCGGCGGAAUGGAGCACGGCGGUCGCGGAAUGGAGCACGGCGGCGGCGGCGGCGGCGGCGGCGGCGGCGGCGACGACGACGGAAUGGAGCACGACAGCGGCAGCGGCCUCGCCUCCAGCGGCUGCGCGCCCCACGCUCGAGAUCCCCGAGGGCGUGCUCUCCGGCCAGAAGGACCGCCACCGCUGUGCGAGGCAGCAGAUGUGGCGGGGAGGCCUGGUCGUGGAUGGCGCCUUCUUCGACGUCACCGUCCCUGCCGACCUGCCCGCCAGCCGCAAGGUCCACGUCGCGAUGCCCGCUACGCCUCCGCGGCCUCCCCAAGCGCUUGCCCGGACGGCAGAGGCGCCGCUGGCGACAGAGGCGGAGGGCUUGCAGCUGCACCUCUCCAGCAGCAACAGCACCGGCUACAAGAACGUGUACAAGGAGGGCUCGCGCUUCAAAGCGCAGGACAGGCGGGACAGAAAGACCGUCCACCUCGGCACCUUCGGCACGGCGGUGGAGGCGGCGGUGGCGUACGCGCGGGCGGUCGCUGCGGAGGCGGCGGCGCCAGCCGGGGCGGCGGCGCCGGCGAGCGGGCCAGCUCAAGCGGCAACAGUAGGCACGGUGGUGGCGCCGACGGCGCAGGCGGUGGCUGCCGGCGAGGCGUCUGUGCCUGCCUCAGCAGUCCAGGUGGGGCCUGUGCCUGCGGCGCCGCCGCGGCAGGCACCGCUCGCGGCUGAGGCGGAGGGCUUGCGCUUGCACGUCUCCAGCCGCAGCAACAACAGCACCGGCUACACGGGCGUGUUCCGGCAGUCCAACUCCCGCCGCUUCGAGGCAAAGCACAUGGUGGACGGAAAGACUGUCCGCCUAGGAACCUUCGGCACGGCGGUGGAGGCGGCGGUGGCGUACGCGAGGGCGGUCGGCCAGGCUCCUGCCCAGGGGUCGGCUGCCGCCGGCAGCGAGGCGCUCGACUCGGACGAGGGCGAGGACGAGGAGGGCGAGGGCGAGGGCGAGGGCGAGGCUUACGCGCGCGCGGUCGCAGGGGAGCAGGCGGCGCCAGCUGUGGCGGCGGCGCCGGCGAGCGGGCUAGCCCAAGCGGCAAGGUUCACUUCUCGCACCCGUGACGUCGCCGCGCUAGUCCUUGCCCGCCACGGCCCGCUGAGCAAGGAGCAGCUCCUCGGAUGCUUGCAGCAGUUCGUGCAGCAGGCGGGCGAGGAGCUGAAGUCGCUGGUCACGAGCUUGCGCGAGUUGCUGGACAGCGCGGAGCCGUCCUCGCGCCUUGGCACCCUGUUGUGCAACAGCCGCGCGUAUCAGGGCGACGAGGCGACGCAGCCAGCGGAUGCGAGUCGGCGUACGGCGUGGUUCAAGUCGACUCGGGUCGGUUCUGGCGCGUCGUGGUCGUUCGAGCCGCUCGGCUUGGAUCGGGCGCGCCCCUGCGACAGCGCCGAGAUCCUGCUCGAGGCCCGGCAGAGGGUGGGGCCGGAAUGCGAGCGCGUGCUGGCGGGGAUCAGCCCUCCAUCCCUCCUGGCGCGUGCCACGGCGCGUACCCCGGCACCGCUCGUGACAGAGGCGGAGGGCAUGCGCUUGUACCUCUCCAGCAACGGCACCGGCUACAGGGGCGUGCGCAAGGACUCUGGCCGCUUCCAGGCGCGGCACAGGGUGGACGGAAGGCGGGACUCCCUCGGCACCUUCGACACGGCGGUCGAGGCGGCGGUGGCGUACGCGCGGGCGGUCAGCGAGGCGCCUGCCCAGGGGUCGGCUGCCGCCGGCAGCGAGGCGCUCGGCUCGGACGAGGGCGAGGGCGAGGACGAGGAGGGCGAGGCCCGCUGCUUGUGGGUCGCCUGCGACCGGUGCGACAAGUGGCGGCGGCUGCCCGCCGAGACGCCCCGCCCACUGCCUGCCGAGUGGUUCUGCUGGAUGCACCCGGACCCGGCUCGCCGGCAGUGCGAGGCGCCGGAGGAUGAGUGGGAGGAGGAUUCGGUGGCGGCGGACGCGGCGGAGGAUGGCUUGGAGGAGGGUGCGGCGGCGGCGGCGGCGGAGCCGAUGGACGAGGAGGACGAGGCGGCCGGCGAGGCCUACUGGGUUGACGCGUAUGGGGCUGCUACGGAAUGUGACGCUACGGAUGAGGCGGCCGAGGCGGCAGACGGCGACGUUGUGGCUGCGGAGGCUGCGGAGGCGGCGGAGGCGGCGGAGGCGGAGGGGGCGGCGGGGGCGGCGGGGGCGGCAGGAGGCGGCGGGGGCGGCAGGAGCGGCGGAGGCGGAGGGGGCGGCGGGGGCGGCGGACCCUCCGCACAAGCGGGGCCGCCGCCAAAGCACCGCUCGGCUGCUGCGCCCCCAAGCGUCCCUACACGCCGGCUCACCGACGCCGAGCUUGUCGGGCUGCCUGCCGGGCUCUGCGGCCAGUACCAACAGGGCCUCUGCCACAAGGGCGGCAAGUGCAAGUGGAGGCACGAGCUAUGGCCAGGGCUUCAGGAGCGGCUCCGCACGGCGAAGCGCCCGCUCGAGCCGUUCGAAGGGCCGCCGCCAAAGCGGCGCUCGGAUGCGGCGCGUGGCCCUCCGUCCUCCGCCGCCGCCGCCGCCGCCGCCGAUAGCGCGCCGCCCAACGCGCCCGCCGAGGCCGCGGUCCUGCUCUGCGGCAACACGCACGAGUGCGACGGAGGCGCCUUUGGCUGCAUUCUGCCGGCAGGCCACGGCGGGCCGCACGAUUUUACGCUGCCGGCCAAGCGGGCUCGCUGCGAGAAGCGCCCGUUCGACCCGGCGACGCCCGCCUUCCAGACCGCCGCCCCCGCCGCCCCCACCGCCCCCGCCGCCCCCGCCGCCCCCGCCGGCUCCGCCGCCACUUGCUGCGAGUGCGGCACUUUGCUCGACGACGAGGCGGGCGAGGUGAUGGCGCCCUCCGUCGGGUGCGACGCUGGUGGCUGCUCGCGCUGGGCUUGCCUGGCGUGCGCCGGCUUCAGGAGCGAGGCGGAGGCGGGGCGCAAGACGUGGUUCUGCACGCUUCACGCGCCGGCGGUGGUGGUGGUGGCGGAGGCGGAGGGCAUGCGCUUGCACCUCUCCAGCAGCAGCAGCACCGGGUACAGGGGCGUAUCGAAGAAUUCUGGCGGCUUCCGAGCGCAGGGCAAGGUGGACGAUAGGCCUAGACACAUCGGCGCUUUCGGCACGGCGGUGGAGGCGGCGGUGGCGUAUGCGCGGGCGGUCGGCGAGGAGGGGCCGGCGCCACCGCCGCGCCCCGCGAAGCGCCCGCGCGAGUCUGCCGCUGCGCCCGCGCAAGAGCCCACCGCCCCUUCCUCCGCUCCCGCCGCCGCCGCCGCCGCCGCCGCCUCCCUCUUUGCCCCUGCCGCGCCAUCCCUGCCUCCGAGCCGCCUGUUCGAGCUCCUGCCCGACGGGCGCACCGUCCACAAGGAGGCGCCUCCCGACAAUGGCGGCAUGGCGGCCGUCGCCGAGGCGCUCGGGCGCAUCGGGCUGCAGUCCUACGCUGCCGCGUUUGACUCCGAGGGCUACGACGACAUCGAGUUUCUGCUCGGGCUGGACAGCGCCGAGCGGGCAGCCGUGGCGACGGCGACGGGCAUGGACGCGAAGCCGGGGCACGCGGGGAAGUGGGUCAAGUUCGGCUUCGGGGAGCCCUGA